UUCCCAUGAGCAGCCUCUCUGCUCUGCUGAAGCUACUCCGACAAUAUGGCAGGAAUCGGGGCUUUCCUAAAAAAUGCUUGGAACAAGGAGCCUGUUAUCGUGGCCUCUUGUGGAAUUGGCAUCGUAGGUGUCAUUCUUCCAUUCAUCAGCCCCUACACCAAAUACACAGCAAUGAUGAAUUCCGUCGUGCCAUACAACUACCCAGUUCCUGUGAGGGAUGAUGGAAAUAUGCCCGAUGUUCCUUCGCAUCCAUGUGAACCUAAAGGAAGAAGCUUGGAAUGGCUUAAAAAGUUAUAAUACAGGUCAAAGGCCUGUAGUUCCUCUCGUUUGUGCGUCUCUUCAGUUUGCCCAGUUGUAAUUGUCUUGCAAUAAAAAUUAUAUUUA